AUGCAUCGAUGGGUUUAUUUACAACUGAUUGGUCAAUCAAUGCCUAUAUACGAUAUUGUUCAGAAAAAUAUCGAAUUAAGAAGACAGAAUCCAAAAUAUCAAACACUGGUGAACGAACAUGGUACAUCAGUACAAGGACUAAUUAAUGAAUUAGAAUAUGGAGAAGAAAUGACUAUUGAAGAUCCAAAUUCAUUUCCAGACAGUUAUGCAUUCAUUUUAGACGAAGAAAGAACACAGCUAAACACUGAAUGGAGAAACAUUCAUAGAAAUGACUACUGCAAUCAAUAUUCAUCGAUGUACUUAUUAACCAAAUGGACGCAACAGUUACAUUGUCCUAAGAAUGAAUAA